CACAUUUUUUUUUUUUUAUAUUUAUAAUCGGCUACAAGCGAUUUGUGGUUAUGUUAAAUAUUUAAUUUAAUUAUUAACAACAAUAAUGAGUAAUUAAUAUUUAACUGUAGACAAAAAUAAUAAUAUUAUAAAAAUAUGACAAGUUUAUUAAAAGUAUGCUCUGGCAUCAAUAUUUUUACAAGCUUUUUAAAACCAAGAGCUGAAGUAUUAACAAUACCUAUUCGUGGAAGAAAGCUACUAAUAAAUCAUACUCCAAAAAAAAGAAUACCACCCUGGUUACCCAAACAAAAUCGAACGCCUACACGAGAUGAUGUGACAUGUGAAAAUACAAAAUUCAUAAAAGAUAUUGUUGAGUCAAAGUAUGGACUUGCUGAUCCAGCAAGUGGAUGUUAUUCACCUCUUAAAGUAGCACCAAUUGAACCAAACAAAGAAUGGACAACUCAAUCAAGACGUACUGGUGUUAUUGCCAGAAAAAUUGGAAUAUAUCCUGUAUGGUUAAAAACUGGUGAACGAGUUUUAGCUACUCUGCUUCAUGUUUGUGAUAAUCAUGUUAUCAAAUAUAUUCCACCUGAAGAAUGGGAUCCAAAAAUUCGUACAAGACAUAUUAUUCCUAAAAGAAAAUUAGGAUGUUUGGUUGUUGGUGCUGAUAGUGUUGAUCCUCAAACAGUUACCAAGCAAUAUUGUGGACUAUUUUCUGAUGCAGGUGUUAUGCCAAAACGUUUAUUAUGUCGAUUUGCAGUUUCUCCUGAUGCAGCACUUCAACCAGGUACUCCUCUUAUGGCUUCACAUUUUCAACCAGGUGAAAUUGUUGAUAUACGAGCUAAAACAAUGGAUCGUGGUUUUCAAGGUGUAAUGAAACGUUGGGGAUUCAAAGGUAUGCCAGCAACUCAUGGACAAACAAAAACUCAUAGACGUCCAGGUAAUAUUGGUUCAGGAAGUUCACGUGCACGUGUUAUGCCAGGUACAAAAUUACCAGGUCAUAUGGGUAAUAGAUACAGAAUGUUUCGUGGUGUUAAAAUUUUAAGAGUCAACACAAAACACAAUGUCAUAUGGGUACUUGGACAAGCACUUCCUGGUGAAACAAAUAGUCUUCUUCAAAUUUAUGAUACACUAUUACCAAGAAAAAAAUUUGCAAAAACUGAACUUAAACCACAUUUUCCAACAUAUAUACCUGGUGAUGAUAAUAUUUUACCAGAAAACAUGUAUCGUGAUGAUGUUCAUCAACUUGAUUCACCAUCAAUUGAAUAUGCAAUUGAAGAACAAAAAUAAAUUACCUAAAAAUAAAUGUAAAAAUAAAAAAAAUUAAUAAAAUUUUAAAACAAUUCAUUAAAUAACAA